AUGAACUUUGGCAAGGUUGCGUCUUCCAUGAAGCUUCUUGAUUCUUACGCAGUCAAAUGCCCUUCAGACGCAACGACAACCACUUCUACUACAAUGGCAUCGACAACAACUUCAUCUUUCAGAGAGUUCGAAGGAGAUUCUCCACUCGAGAUUAAAUUCAUCGCUUCUCUCUCUAUCGAUGAGCUUUUAGCCCAAGAAAACAUCAGAAAGCAUUUUAUGAAUAUCUUACCUAAUCCCGUCGUUACCCUCGACUACAACGAUGGAAUCGAUUAUGAAGUGACUGUACGUCAAUCACUCGGACAGUUACCCGAAAACCUCAUCGGAAACAUCGCCAAAUCAAUCUAUGAUAUUCUACCUGGGCUUGAGCUUAUGGGAGUUUCUGCGUGGUCAGAUACAGUUUCGGUCGACUUCGAUAUACAGACAACGACAGGUUCUACGGCAACAACACUUUCGACAAUCACGACUCAAUCUAUGUUGAAAUCAGACAUGAUCAAACUUGAGGAUAAAAGCGACAUGGUUUAUUUACGAUUAAAGCUGGAGCAUCUCUAUAUCGAAACAAAGGACUUCCGAUCAGACAUUCGGGCGCUUUCAAGCGUCUUGGCGGAUCAGCUCCGUGCUUUUUACAAUAAUCUCGCGACCAUAUUGGCGACGAACACCAGGCCAAAAGCGCAGGAAGACUUCAGCUCCGGUUUCGAGGUCAACGUUCUGUUCAUGGUUCUAUUCAAUGAAGAUCACUGGAACUCGAAUCACUUCGAUAACUCGAUGCUGACAGCUCUUCUUCAAUCUGGUUGUGAAAUGCUCAAUCAACAGACUUCUGCAUUCUACAUUGUCGAAGAUUCCUUUUCAUUAGAACUUAUCGGUCCGGAUAUCAUUACCUUGGAAAAGGUUAACAACGUUUUGCCAAAACGAGGAUUCUAUGAUCCAAGAGAAAUGAGGACUACAACGCCGUCGAUGACAUCAACAACUACUCCACAGAAAAGUGUUUUUACCCGAAUCAUUUCGUCAACAACAGCGGUUAUGACAUCAACGACAUCAUCAACAUCAACGACGACGACAUCAACAACGACAACAUCAACAACAACUACAUCAACGAUUACUACCACGACAACGCCGGAGCAAACCAUUACUAGACAUUUCAUCAUUCUAGACAUCCUUUACCAAUAUCUUGAAUCCGAUAUUGUGGAAGAAGGAGAAGUCUGGCGAAUUCUCGAUGGGCUCGUCGAAGUCAUAGAAUUGGAGUACAGUGACAUUGCUCGACUACUGAUUCUUGAAGAAGGCAACUUCGACAAAUACUCUUAUUCAAUCGUGAUUACUACAAAGUCGUCUGAAGCUCUUCCGAUCGCUACUCUACGAUCUUAUUUCCGCAGCGCUCUUUCAACCUAUCCAUCAGUAAAAGGUCUAGAUGCUCGAUAUCAAGGAGGAAUAACUCAGUCUUCUCCCGAUGAAAACAAAAUGACAACACUAGAAGCUCAAGUUCAAAUCGAUCUUCUUUCCUCUGACGACAUAAUGGAUUUUGAUGAAGUGAUGGGCCUAGUCUGGGACGCGCUACAAAGUUUAACAGGGCAGAUUUCACUUUAUCAGAUCACAGAUUUGAUUCCUGUUGAUGAACGAACUAUUCGAGUACACGUGACUUUCGAUGUUAAUGUGAUGGAAAAUGCACCAGAUGAUGAUAUUAGACGGAUGAUUGAAUACGAGGUUGAAUUUAUUACGCAAUACGCUGGCCUAGAAAUAUCAGACUUAUUCCUCGAAAAAAUUGCUGUUCUCAAUGAUACAACAGAUGUCAUCUCAACAACUUCUACAACGACUACAACAAAAAGUCAACAGCGAACAACUCCCGCUCCCAAAACGCCAUCAGUUUUGAAAUUGCUCCAGGCUCAUGUCCAAAUGUACGAAGGCAAAUCAAAAGCAAAGUCACCAAAGAAAUCUAAGAAAAAGUCCUUCAAUCCGAUCCAGAUUGACAUCCCUGUCGCUUUCGAAGCUACAGGAAAUGAAGUUGUCGUUCAAAUUUCGUUCGAAGCUGCUCUCAAGAAGAAGAUAAUAAUCAAUCGGCUUGAAAACGUUGGGCGACCGUAUCAAGGGCCGACUCAAGAAUCCUCCAUUCCAGGAAUGACGCUGCUUUCUGUCAGCCCACUUACAGAAGAUGGUCUUUGGUCGGCAACCUUCAAGAUCCAAAUGGGCUCCGAAGAUCAGCCACUGGCCGAGAUUGAUACGAUUCUGAACGCAAGAAUGAUCACUGAAAAACUCUUCCCAACUGGCCCUGCUACAAAACUGAGCUAA